AUGGCCCGAGCCCUCGACUACAUGUCGGACCACCUCAGGGGGGUGUUGGACGCUAGCCUGGCGUCCGGACGCUUCCCUAAGCGCUGGAAAUGCGGGAAGCUGGUCCUGCUGCAGAAGCCGGGACGGCCUGCCGAAUCGGUCGCGGCCUAUAGGCCUAUCGUGUUGCUGGACGAGGCGGGCAAACUUUUUGAGAGGGUGCUCUCUGCCCGCAUCGUCCGGCACCUUUGCGAGGUUGGCCCCGAUCUGUCGGACGCCCAAUUCGGUUUCCGAGAGGGGCGUUCGACGAUCGAUGCCGUAAUGCGCCUUAGGGCCGUGACCGAGGAGGCCGUGAGCUGCGGCGGAGUGGUGUUGGCGGUGUCCUUGGACAUCGCCAACGCCUUCAAUAGUCUGCCAUUCAGCUGCAUCAGGGAAGCGCUCCGCUACCACGGAGUGCCGGAGUACCUGAGGCGGCUGGUGGCAGACUAUCUUGAGGAGCGAACCGUCAUGUACGAGGACCGAGAUGGCGUCUUGAGACGCAGGGCCAUGUCGUGUGGUGUUCCGCAGGGGUCUGUCCUAGGACCUCUCCUGUGGAACAUCGGGUACGACUGGGCCCUACGAGGGCGUCUCCCCCCCGGGCUGGGUGUAAUCUGCUACGCGGACGACACCUUACUCACGGCCCGGGGGGCUAACUUCCAGGAGGCGGCGCGCCUGGCCGCCACGGGAGUUUCCCAGGUGGUCGGGCGCAUUGAGGCGUUGGGAUUACGGGUGGCCCUGGAUAAGACGGAGGCCCUAUUAUUUCAUGGGCCCCGUCGUGGUCCGCCCGCCGGCGCCUCAAUCGAGGUCGGCUCGGUCCUCGUACCGGUCCGGGCCCAGAUGAGGUACCUGGGUCUGGUCCUAGACGGUAGGUGGCUCUUCGACGAGCACUUCCGACAGCUUGGUCCGAAGCUGGUGGACACUGCCUCCGCCCUAGGGCGACUUUUGCCCAAUUUGGGCGGGGCCAGUGUUCCCACGAGGCGGCUGUACGCGGGGGUUGUCCGGUCCAUGGCGCUUUAUGGUGCACCGGUGUGGGUGGCGGCUCUGACCGCCCCGAAUAGGGCGCGCCUCUGGCGCCCCCAGAGGAUAUUGGCGGUCAGAGCCAUACGCGGAUACCGCACGGUGUCCACCGAGGCGGCUUGCGCCUUGGCCGGAACACCCCCGUGGGAUUUGGAGGCGGAAGUGCUCGCCGAAGUUUAUCGGCGAGUGGCUGACUUCCGGGCGGAGAGCGGAUUUCGCCCUCCGCCCGAAGACGUGCGCGAGUGGCGCGAAGCCGCUCGCCGAGCCACUAUGGUGAGAUGGUCGUUGCGGCUGGAGACUCCACGCGCUGGCUUAGCCGCCGUGGAGGCUCUCCAGCCGGUCAUCGCCGAGUGGGCGGGGCGGCAGCACGGGACCCUUUCCUUCCGGCUGACGCAGGUGCUUUCCGGGCACGGUUGCUUCGGAAAGUACCUGUACUCGGUCGCUAGGAGGGAAUCGAGUCCCGCCUGCCACCACUGCGACUGCAGUGAGGAUUCGGCCCAGCACACGCUGGCGGUUUGCCCCGCAUGGGCGACGCAGCGCCGGGCCCUCACUGCAGUCAUCGGAGCAGAUCUCUCGCUACCGGCCGUAAUUCGCUCCAUGGCCGGUAGCGACAGUUGUUUUACCGCGGUCGCAACCUUCUGCGAGGAGGUAAUCUCGCAGAAGGAGGCGGCGGAGAAGGCCCGGGAGGACGACCUCCACUCGGACCUGAUCCGCCGCCGGCGAACCGGGCGGCGGAGGCGCGCUCACCUGCGCCUCAUGCCGCCCUGA